AUGCUUGUCCGAUUGCUGCUGCUGCUGUUGGCAUUGCUGCUGCCCGGCCCCGGGGUUUUGGGGAGUCCCAGCACUGUGACACUUCCUGAAACCUUGCUGUUUGUGUCAACGUUGGAUGGAAGUCUGCAUGCCGUCAGCAAGAGGACAGGCUCCAUCAAAUGGACUUUAAAAGAAGAUCCAGUCCUGCAGGUUCCAACACACGUGGAAGAGCCUGCCUUCCUCCCAGAUCCCAACGAUGGCAGUCUGUACACGCUUGGGGGCAAGAACAACGAAGGCCUGACGAAACUUCCCUUUACGAUCCCUGAGUUGGUGCAGGCAUCUCCGUGCCGAAGCUCAGAUGGCAUUCUCUACAUGGGUAAAAAGCAGGACAUUUGGUACGUUAUCGACCUCCUGACCGGAGAGAAGCAGCAGACCCUGUCAUCAGCCUUUGCAGACAGCCUCUGCCCAUCAGCCUCUCUGCUGUAUCUGGGGCGAACAGAGUACACCAUUACUAUGUACGACACCAAGACCCGCGAGCUGCGCUGGAACGCCACCUACUUCGACUACGCGGCCGCGCUGCCCGAGGACGACGGGGACUACAAGAUGUCCCACUUUGUGUCCAAUGGCGAUGGGCUGGUGGUGACGGUGGACAGCGAGUCUGGGGACGUCCUGUGGAUCCAAAACUAUGCUUCGCCCGUGGUGGCCUUUUACAUCUGGCAGCGCGAGGGUCUGCGGAAGGUGAUGCACAUCAACGUCGCCGUGGAGACCCUGCGCUACCUGACCUUCAUGUCGGGGGAGGUGGGGCGCAUCACCAAGUGGAAGUACCCGUUCCCCAAGGAGACGGAGGCCAAGAGCAAGCUGACGCCCACCCUGUAUGUGGGGAAGUACUCCACCAGUCUCUACGCUUCCCCCUCGAUGGUACACGAGGGCGUCGCCGUUGUGCCCAGGGGUAGCACACUUCCUUUGCUGGAAGGCCCCCAGACCGACGGUGUCACCAUCGGGGACAAAGGGGAGUGUGUGAUCACGCCCAGCACGGACCUGAAGUUCGACCCCGGGCUCAAAGGCAAGAACAAGCUCAACUACCUGCGGAACUACUGGUUGCUCAUCGGACACCACGAAACCCCACUGUCCGCGUCCACCAAAAUGCUGGAGCGCUUCCCCAACAAUCUGCCCAAACACCGGGAGAACGUGAUUCCCGCCGACUCGGAGAAGAAGAGCUUUGAGGAGGUCAUCAACCUGGUUGACCAGACUUCAGAAAACGCACCUACCACGGUUUCUCCGGACAUGGAAGAGAAGUUCGAUCACGCCCCUGCCAAGCCUGAGGCCCCCGUGGACUCCAUGCUCAAGGACAUGGCCACCAUCAUCUUAAGCACCUUCCUGCUCAUUGGCUGGGUGGCCUUCAUCAUCACCUACCCCCUGAGCAUCCACCAGCAGCGGCAGCUCCAGCACCAGCAGUUCCAGAAGGAACUGGAGAAGAUCCAGCUCCUGCAGCAGCAGCAGCUGCCCUUCCACCCACCCGGGGACGCGGCACAGGACGCCGAGCUCCAGGACUCGUCCGGCCAGUACUCAGAGAGCUCGGCCACCAGCAGCCCCAACACGUCCCCCCGAGCCUCCAACCACUCGGUCCACUCCACCGGCUCCACCUCCAAGGCUGUCACCAGCCCCUUCCCGGAGCAGGACGAUGAGGAUGAGGAGACCAGCAUGGUGAUUGUUGGGAAAAUCUCCUUCUGUCCAAAGGACGUCCUGGGCCACGGAGCUGAGGGCACGAUUGUGUACCGGGGCAUGUUUGACAACCGCGACGUGGCAGUCAAGAGGAUCCUCCCCGAGUGUUUCAGUUUCGCGGACCGUGAGGUCCAGCUGCUGAGAGAGUCGGACGAGCACCCGAACGUGAUCCGCUACUUCUGCACCGAGAGGGACCGGCAGUUCCAGUACAUCGCCAUCGAGCUGUGCGCGGCCACGCUGCAGGAGUACGUGGAGCAGAAGGACUUUGCCCACCUCGGCCUGGAGCCCAUCACCCUGCUGCAGCAGACCACCUCCGGCCUGGCCCACCUGCACUCCCUCAACAUCGUUCACAGAGACCUGAAGCCCCACAACAUCCUCCUCUCCAUGCCCAAUGCACACGGCAGGAUCAAGGCCAUGAUCUCCGACUUCGGCCUCUGCAAGAAGCUGGCCGUGGGCAGGCACAGCUUCAGCCGCCGCUCGGGCGUGCCGGGCACCGAAGGUUGGAUUGCCCCAGAGAUGCUGAGCGAAGACUGCAAGGAGAACCCCACCUACACGGUGGACAUCUUCUCCGCGGGCUGUGUCUUCUACUACGUGAUAUCCGAGGGCAGCCACCCCUUUGGCAAAUCCCUGCAACGCCAGGCCAACAUUCUCCUGGGUGCCUACAGCCUUGACUGCCUGCACCCUGAGAAGCAUGAGGACGUCAUUGCCCGGGAGUUAAUAGAGAAGAUGAUUGCCAUGGAUCCCCAGAAGCGCCCGUCAGCGAAGCAUGUGCUGAAACACCCUUUCUUCUGGAGCCUGGAAAAGCAGCUCCAGUUCUUCCAGGACGUGAGUGACCGGAUAGAGAAGGAGGCCCUGGACGGCCCGAUAGUGAAGCAGCUGGAGCGCGGUGGGCGGGCCGUGGUGAAGAUGGACUGGCGGGAAAACAUCACUGUCCCCCUGCAGACAGAUCUGCGGAAAUUCAGAACCUAUAAAGGCAGUUCGGUCCGAGAUCUCCUCCGAGCCAUGAGGAAUAAGAAGCACCACUACCGGGAGCUGCCCGAGGAGGUGCAGGAGACGCUGGGCGCCCUCCCCGACGGCUUUGUGUGCUACUUCACCUCCCGCUUCCCCCACCUCCUCCUGCACACCUACCGCGCCAUGGAGCUGUGCCGCCACGAGAGGCCCUUCCAGCCCUACUACCACGAGCCCCCCGAGCCCCAGCCCCCCGUGACUGCAGACGCCCUCUGA